AAUCUUGAAAAUAACGAAAUUGCACAUAUUUCGACUGGGUCAUUUUGGAAUCUCCCUAAGUUAGAGUGGCUGUAAGUUUGAAUUUUUGUAUCUCUUUCCUUGCUAAUGACUAAGACUAAAAUAUUACACAGGUACUAAGUAUAACGAGUAUCAUAAAUGUCAUAUGUCUUGGUAUGGACACAGUUACAUAUGAUUACACACGCGUAAUGUAACUCUGUACAUGUAUAGGUUUUUACUGAACGGCUGACAUCAACACAAUGUUGCAGUACUACACGAACAGACGGUAACAGUGGUGUUUUUAUGAAUAAUAUGACUAAUAGCCUGAGAAAAAGUCAUAUUCUAAAAAUACAGAAUUAAGCUGUUGAUUAGUUGUUGUUGUUUUCUCUUAUCAUAAUACAUUGAGUGUCCAAAGGACAACAAUCGCAAACUGGGAAAACAUUAUUGAGAAUUACUUCUACCUCUCUUUCAGCUGCCUGACUCACAUUGCUUUCUUCUUUGCAAAGUUAACAGAGACUACUGUUUAUGAUAAAGACUAAAACUCUUCGUGCAAGCAAACGCCGGACGUUGCACUGACUGGUUUGCUUUCUGUAGUUUGCGUUCCAACCGGCAGUCUGAAAUUCUUUAUAAGCCUGAAAGUCUGGUAUUCCCUAGAGAUGCGAAAAUUGAUGUGUAUGCCUCUUCAUCACAAAAUAUGAUUUCAAAAUCCAUUAACCUCACGGCUUCCUGGCUUACGUUUGGUACUCUGGCUCGAAAGCGUCGAAAGCGUCUGUAUGAUGUGAAAAACUUUUAAUUUGCCUAUAAAUUUGUUCUGAUAAGGCUCCCAUCUUUUAGGAGCCACGUGACCAGCGGCAACCAAGGUUCUUUCUCAAAGUAAGGGAGGGAACCCUGGGAGCGCGGUUGUUUUUCUGAGACCUGACGAUUGGAUAAAAGAUUAAUCUUAUUUUACUGCUCUAAAACUAAAAGCCGAGUUGCAGACCUGUACCUCUAUGGUUACGAAAGCCAUUUAGCCGAAUUAGUUAUUCUCUUGAUUCGAUGCAUGCAAAAGGAAAAAUUUAGUGAAAGGGUCCUCUGUUGAUUACAAGUCAGUUCAGAAUUAUUCUUCGCAUACCGUAUUUUACCUUAUUGCUUGUCAUUAAAACAAUGUGCCAAUUUGUUUUAUUGAUCGCCUAAUAACCAUGUGCAAGGACACAAACCAUUCACUUACAUUAUGCCGAAUAGCCGCUGUUUCCACUAAAGUUCCUUCUUUAAUUUUUUUCCCUCAUUUUGUUGCUAUGCUAUUAUGCAGAAGUUGGGCUAUUUUUUUCUCAAAAGAUGUGAAAGUUUCUGCGAUAGUUUUCUCCAGCUGUACAAAAAAAACUGAGCUUACGCACCCUACUCCCACAGUCGUCUCCGUUGCCGUCCCUUUUUCUGGCGAUAGCCUGUUCUAUUGAUGUUAUUUCAUUGGAUAUUAAAAAAGUCUCCCAAAUUUGGUAAAAUGCUAGAUGGUUUUGAAGGAUUUGCCGGGGGAUUAGGGCUAAUCAGAAAGGGAAAAAACAGAGAAUAAUAAUGUAUAUUGUUCAUUGCUUCUCAGGCGAUUUACGUUACGGCUUUUGGAAUAGCGCAUGCGCACACAUGCCCAUCCAUUCCCCCCACUACGACAAACAACGUUGGAUGCGUGUAUCUUAAAAUUUUCCAAAAAACUAUUCCUUGUAUGAGGAAAAUAUUCAGGCCAGUCUGCAAAAGAAAAGUUGAAACUCGUCACUAGUUACGAUUAAACUGGCUGACAAGAGACAUGCUUUGAUUGGUUGUUGAUGUACUAGUCAGUGUUAAAAUGAAUGUCUUCAAUAAAUUAUUUUUGCAGGUAUCUUGAAAACAACGAAAUUGCACAGCUUUCGCCUCGGGCGUUUUGGAAUCUCCCUAAGUUAAAGCUGCUGUAAGUUUGAAUUUUUGUAUUUUUUUUUCGUUGCUAAUGACCAAGAAAGACUUCAACACUACACGAGUACUAAAUAUAUCGAGUAUCAUAAAUAUCAUAAGUAUGCACACAGCUACAUAUGAUUACCCACAAGAAACGUGACUGAUCUGCGCAUAUUCAGGUUUUUGCUGAACGGCCGACUACACGCACUUUAGCAGUACUACACCAACAAAUGGUAAAAGUCGCUUUUCAUGAAUCAUAUAACAAAGAGUCUGAGAAAAAAUUUACAUUCUGAAAAUAGAUAAUUUAGCCGUUGGUUAGUUGUUAUUGUCUUCUAUUAUGACGAUCCAUUGAAUGUACAAGGGAAAUUAUUUUGCAAACUGAGGAAACAUUUUUGGGAAAUACUGCUAUCUGUCCAUCAGCUGCCUGGUUGCAUUGCACAUUGCUUUCUUUUUUGCGAAGUUAUCAGACACUUCUGUGAAAGGUUGAACCCAGGAGUCAUUUCAAAAGUAGGUUGAGUUUGAUCGUCUUGGUGAACGUAGUCUUCAAAAGGACUGUUGUUGUUGAAAGUGACUGACGUUUCCGCAACCCGUGCGAUAGUCAUCGUCUGAGUCAAAGUGAGUUGUAUCACCUCGUUGAUGACAUUAUACUCUGGUUAUUGACGUGAUUAGUCAGUUACGUCGCGAUGUUAUUGGUCGUCUGUCAGUUAAGCCGUGAUUUAAUUAGCUAUGAAGACUCGUGAUGUAAUUAGUGCGUUUCGAUCCGUCUAUUGUAAGAACUAAACAGUUGUUUAUUGUUAGUCAAAUUAUUAAUUCUCCAGUCGUUCUCUCGCUGCUUGAUUUCGUCGAUAGAGACCUCUAGCGUCAGGUUUUCAUGGAAAACCGCAAACUGAAAACCACAAAAUGUCACGUGACCACCGUCUUGCGGUAUAUAGUAUAACAUAGUAAACUAUAGUAUAGUAUAGUAUAGUAUAGUAUAGCAUACUAUAGUAUAGUAUAGUAUAAUAAAAUAUAGUAGACUAAAUUAGUAAUUAACUAAUUAACUAAUUAACAUUUUGAGUGAUAGACAUUAAUGCAGAUGACGUCAUGCAUCUCAUUAAGAUAGGAUGAUGUCAUAGUUUAAAUUAAUGCCCAUGACGUCACGCAUUCCAUUGAGAUAGGAUGAUGUCAUAUUUUAUUUUUAGCUGGCAAGGAAGAAGUGACGUCAGAAUACCCUAGGGUGACGUCAUCAAAAAACGUUGACAUCAUAAUCUAUAAAUAGAAAAGUGAUUUUUUGAUAUAAUCAGCUAUUUGCUAUUUAUAAGAGUCUUCUGAUUGGCAAAUUUUGAAAGUGCUAUCUUUGCAGAUUAUAGUAACUGAAAAAUCUUUAAUCAUUAAAUUAUCUUCACUAAAAAUCAGUUAUAAACAAAACCAAGACACAGAGGUUAACUGAAAAACCUUUACUUCAAAAGAAGGAAAAAGGAGGUUAGGCGAAUGCGGAAUCGUACUAAUUUUUUUCGGGCAAAACAUGAAAAUGAGGUCGAGGCGCAGCGAAGCGAAAAUCUGCCUAUCAAGCAAAAAUGUCAAUCUUUGUUUACUUGACUCUGUAAAAAGUAUUGCACAGGGUAUAAAAAUUCUAUAGAAAACAACAUGUGGUACUAAAGUAAACCCUAACUCUUUUGGUUCUUAAAGAAACUCAAUUCUAGUAACUAAUGAAAAAAAAAUUGGAAUAAGAGGUGCAAUCGCCGAGGUCGAAGCUCAGCGAAGCGAAAAACUGCCUAUCAAGCAAAAAUGUCACUCUUUGUUUACUUGACUCUUUAGAAAGUAUGGCAAAUUCUAUAGAAAACAACAGGUGGUUCUAAAGUAGACCUUAACUCCUUUGGUUCUUGAAUAAACUCCAUUCUAGCAACUAAUAAGUGGAACGUUUAUUAAAAAAAAAAGAUAGGAAUAAGAGGUGCGUUCGCCUAGCAACACAUGUCUUCUUAUUUUGCGUAAACAAAACACAUACACACACAAAGUGGAGCUGAAAACUCUCUAUUUCAAUUUUGACUCACCAUUACAAAAGCGUUUUCUCCGUUCCAUCUUAAGGAAACGACUAAUUAUUGAAGUCUCAGCGCUUGAUGAGCGUAUCGUCUUGUCACACAAAUACACUAUCGUUUUCGGUGUCGUUGUCGCUCUCUUAGGUGCCUUCAGCUUCAACGCUAUUUUAAGAAGCCACUUCCACCGCCUCCUCCUUAUGAUUUUCAAUAUCCGAAGAACUCUCCUCAUUAUUACUCUCGUUAUCGGGAGUAUUUUCUACAUUUUGGUAGCCUUUUUCCUUUUCUAUUAAAUCACUUAACAACUUUUUGUUCUUGAUUAAACCUUUAUGGAUUCCUAACUCUGCAAGUCCAUCUAGAAACGUAUUCAGCGCACGAGGCUUGGUAACCUCCUUGUUAUGAGGGAGUAACACAUACUCCACUAGCUCGGCGAUGUUUAAUUGUGACGGGAAUUGUGCGUUUAUUUCGAAGUAAUUGUCCGCUAGGAGUCUAGAAAACAAUAUCUUUGGAAGCGGCCAUACUAUGCAGCAAAUCAGAAGCACGCCUUUUCGACACUGCUUGGGAAAGAUGAUUCAAAACAUCUUUUAUUCUUGGUUCUUCAUCCUCGCUUUCAUCACUAGAACUUUCGCUUUCUUUCUGUUCACUAUCGUGCUCUUCUUCAACCAAAUCUAUCUUUCUCUUCAUUUUGAUGAGUACCCGCGACAGACUUAGCUUCAAAUGAGUAACUUACAGUUUUGUUUCCUCUUUAUAGCAUCAAAAAUCCUAGGCUUGUAACAGCAGGUACCAAUAGGUCUUGAAUAAAACAUUUACCCUCUUGUACAAGGGUUCGCUUCUUUGUUUUGUAAGGGACAUUUGUUUCUGCUAGGUUUACUAGAGCAUCCUUAUAUUGCCACACGAUCCGCUUAUUUUCUUCGGUGAUAAGAAUGUAUUUCUUAAGUAUAUGAGCUGGACAAACAGCUAAGAGUUGAAGAAAACCACGAUUGUUCUUGACAGCUUGAGACAUUGCGACAAACUGAAAUUAUGAUAGUAGUUUGCAGUCUUUUAUUGACUGUCGUGGAUAAAAAAAAAAGUAAAUGUGUUGGUGGUAGUGGUGGUGGUGGAGAAAAAUAAUGGAAAUGUGGUGGCGGUGGUGGUGGUGGUGGAAGAAAACAAUGAAAAUGUGGUGGUGGUGGUGGUGGUGGAGGGAAAACAAUGGAAAUGUGGUGGCGGUGGUAGUGGUGGUGGUGGGGGUGGAGGAAAACAAUAGAAUUGUAGUGGCGGUGGCGGUGGUGGAGGAAAACAAUAGAAAUGUGGUGGUGGUAAUAGUGGUGGUGGUGGAGGAAAACUAUAGAAUUUUAUAGCCUUCAAAACUAUAUCAAUGCGCAACAUGCUACAAUUUUCUCAGUCUAUACAUUCUGCUCCUGAGGAGUUGACAUGAGUUGGCUCUGUUCCGUUUGCGAAAAAUCAUUUAGUAUAAAGGAUAGCAUGCAAAGGCACGUGAUGUCUAAACACCGCGAUGUUGGUCUCACCCCAUUUCAAACAGUUCCGUUUUCACAGAAAUGUCAGCAGUUUCGAUUCAAGCAUCCCUUUACCUCCAUGAUUGCCGAAAUAACCGGGUCCGGAAAAACGGGCUGAGUUCGAUCUCUAUUACAACAAGCUUCAGAGACAAUUUACCCUCCACCGGAGAGGAUUGUUUCGUGUUAUUCACAAUGGCAGCCUGCGUAUACAGAAAUGCUAGUCGCCAUGCCACACAUUGAACUCGUCAAGGGAAUCUACGGCUUUGGAGCAAGAUUCCUAUUUUGAUGUGAAUAAACAGAAUUUGAUCGUGUUUAAUGAUCAAAUGAUUGACACUAGUAGAAACAAUCGAAUUGUGAACCUCUUUACUCGUGGUUCUCAUCAUCGCAAUCUAAGAGUGAUUUAUAUCGUGCAGAAUAUAUUUCACCAGGGGAAAGGUCGUCGCAGGAUAAGCCUAAACAGCCAUUAUUUGGUGUUAUUCAAGAAUCCACGAGACAAAUUGCAAAUCCUGACUCUUGCCAAGCAGAUGUAUCCCGGGCAAACUGAUUUAUUUUUAAAUCAGUACGAAGAGGUUGUAAAAAGAUCUUUUGGUUAUCUGCUCAUUGAUCUGAAAACUACUACCCAAGAUAAUUGUCGACUGCGAACAAACGUGCUGCCCAGUGAAGAAGGAUUUAACCAAGCAGGGUUUCAAGAAAAUAUUCCUCAAGAGUUUUUAAAACAUCUAAAGCGGGAAAAUCUUUCGCCUGUCCCACUUCUUCCAGCUAUGCAAGAAAUACAGGUAAACAUGGAUGACUUGCUUUCUCGAAACGAUCUUCGGAUCGAUGAAAAAGCUAAGGGAUACUUUCAGUUGCAAAACAGUCGCGUGUUUUAAUUAAUCCUUGUUAAGUUAUUGAUUGUUUGUGUUUUUAUAAUAAAAAGUCAAGUUUCUCCGUUGGGGUUUUUACUGUGGAGCCAUUUGUAUGCAACUGUGGGCUUGUUAACCCGCAUAAUUAAUUGACUAACAGCGCGUGAAUUGACAAGACCAUUAGCUCAUCAAGCGCUGAGAUUUCAAUAGUUAGUCGUUUCCUCGAGAUAGAAGGGAGAAAACGCUUUUGUAAUGGUGAGUCAAAAUUGGAAUAGAGUGUUUUCGGCUCCAUUCUGUGUAUGUGUGUUUGUGUUUUGUUUAUAUAUCCGAUUUUUAGCGCUAAACAAGAAGACGUGUGUUGCUAGGACAUCGCACCUCUUAUUCCUAUUUUUUAAAUAGACAUUCCACUCAUUAGGAACAAGAAUGGAGUUUAAUUAAGAACCAAAAGAGUUAAGGUUUUCUUUAGAACCACCUGUUGUUUUCCAUAGAAUUUUUGUACCCUGUGCAAUACUUUCUGCAGAGUCAAGUGAACAAAUAUUGACAUUUUUGUUUGAUAUGCAGUUUCUCGCUUUGCUGCGCCUCGGUCUCGUUUUCAUGUUUUGCCUGAAAAAAUUGGUACGAUUUCGCAUUCACCUAACCUCCUUUUUCGUUCUUGUGAAAUAAAGAGUUUUCAGUUGACCUCUGUGUCUUGGUUUUAUUUAUAAUCAAUUUUUAGUGAAAAUAAUUUAAUGAUUAAAGACUUUUCAUUUAGUAUAAUCUGUAAAGAUAACACGUUCAAAAUUUGCCAGCUUUUAUUUUGAACACAUAACAUUUUUUACAAUAUCCAAUCAGAAGACUAUAGCAAACAAUAUCUAAUCAGAAGACAAAAGCAAAUAGCUAAUUAUAUAAAAAUCACUUUUCUGUUUAUAGAUUAUGAUCUCAACAUUUUUUGGUGACGUCAACUCUAGGAAACUCUGUCGUCACUUGCUUCUUGCCAGCUACAAAUAAACUAUGACAUCAUCCUAUCUUAAUGGAAUGCAUGACAUCAUCGGCAUUAAUUUAAACUAUGACAUCAUCCUAUCUUAAUGAGACGCAUGACGUCAUCCGCGUUAAUUUAUACCACUCAAAAAGUUAAUUAAAUCCACAAAAAUAGUUAAUUCGGUGCCUUAUCCACUACUGUCGCGUUUGUAGUUCAAGUUCAUGUUUGAACGGCAGGAGUGGCUUCGAGUGGUAAGUAAAUUGCGGCAAGGCUUUUUAUCACUAAAAAUUGUACAGCUUCGCGUUUAAAGGCACGAAAUAGCUUUUUAUAUCCGUCUGCGAUGUGCUUGUUGGAUUUUUGAUCUCGAAUCAAUGAAUUAUCACUGUUUUUUGGGCAAUAAAACUGAUGCACUUCGAUUUGAUGAAAAGCAACAUGGCUGCAAAAAACAACGAUUUUAUAUUCCUUUUUGCCGUAUUAACAUAAGAAGGGUUUUCUGUUCCAAUCCUGAGUUAACUUUAGUUCCAAUUUUUAACGUAUCACUUUGGGAAUUUCAUUUUAUUUUACUUAUUUCUUUGUGACCGGGUCCAGGCUUCAUAGGCCUUUUGGUUUCUUCCGGGAUCCCUUGCAAAGUUACAAUUCCUAUAUUUAUUCUUGCAUUGUACUAUAUUUUGGCUAACUAAAAAUGAACUGAACUGAAUGCCUCGCUAAAAUUUGAAAUCCCGGCAACGUGAAACUCCAAACGCGUAACGGCAAACUGCAGUUUGCGGUUUCCCAUGAAAAACCUGGUUCUAAAGGUCUCUAAUGAGUCGCUUGUACGACGCCAAUAACUGUUGGCUACCCAGUGGCAUAGACAGUACAGAUACCUGACGACCACAACCUAGUGUCUUUUGACGUGAAAUCACUGUUCACCAGUAUUCCACUUCAACCUACCUUUCGCGCAGGCAAACGCCGGACGUUGCACUGACUGGUUUGCCUUCUGGCGUUUGCUUUCUAACCGGCGAUCUGAAAUCAGUCUUGAUUAGCCCAAAAGUCUGGUAUUCUCUGGAGGUACGAAAAUUCAUCUGUAUACAUCUCCAUCACAUAAUGUUUUCGAAACCCAUAAAAAUGACAGCCUUGAGGCUUAAGUUUGCCGCUCUCAUUCAAAGAUUCAAAAGCGUCGAAAACGGCUGUAUGAUGUGGAAAACCUUGCCUAUAAAUUUGUUCUGAUGAGGUUCCCAGCUUUUGGGAACCACGUGACCAACUGCAACCAGGGUCUUUCACAGAGCAAGACAGAGAACCCUGGCAACGAGGUUGUUUUAGUAGACCCGCUGAUUGGAUUAAAGAUUAAUCUUAUUUUACUGCUCUCACACUACAAAGAGUUGCAGACCUGUACUUUAUGGCUACGAAAACUAUUUAGACAAAAUAGUUGUUAUCUUGAUUCGAUGCAUACAAAAGCAAAACUUUGAUAGAAGGGUGCUCUUAUUCGAUUGCAAGUCAGUUCAGAGUGAUGUUUUCUCAUACCGUAUUUUACCUCGUAUAUUGAUAUUAAUUGCUUUCCUUUAAGGCAAAUGUGUUUUAUUGGUCACCUAAUGACCAUAUGCAAGGACACAAACUAAUAAUGUACACAUUAUGCCGAAAAGACGCUGUUUCAAGAUAAAUUCCUUAAUUUCUUUUCUCAAGUUGUUGCUAUAUUUUAAUGCAAGAGGUGAGCUCUUUGUUCCUCGUUAAGAAGAAAUCCUCAUUUUCUCCAGCUUUACAAAAACAACUGAGCUAACGCAUCCUUGUGCCUCGGGCGUCUCGGUUACUGUCCCUUCUUCUGGCGAUAACUUGUUCUAUUGAUUUUGUUUUGUUGGAUGUUCCAAAACGUCUCUCAAAUUUGGUCAACGACAGCAGGUUUUGAAGGAUUUGCGGGGGCCGGAUUUCAGCUAAUCAGAAACGAAAAAAAAGUAAUUAAUAAUAAUAAUUCACCUUAUACUUUUUGGAAUAGAGCACGCGCAUACAUACCCAUCUAUUUCCCCACUUCGAGAAUCAACGUUGGAUGCGUGUAUCUGGAAAAUUUUCAAAAAAUUUUCACCUCGUAUAAGGAGCAGGAGAGGGAAAAUUGCAAGCACUGUCGUGCAACGGGUCACAAAAUCAACCCACACAAUGUUACAGGUCUAUCCGAAGGAAAACGCGUCAUCAAGCACCACCUCAAGAAGGCCAUUGCCAAAAAGAAAAGCCUUUCUUAGUAGCGAUGAGCUUGGACUGGACCUCUCGGCCAUUUUCAAUCCUAUUUUGGAAAUACGUAACUGUAUUCAGCCACCUCCACUACGUACCUGACUGCAUUUAAUAUGCCGCGUAAAGGAUGAUCGUCUUUAAUUGCUGGCCUCUUUCUAAUCAGUCUCAUGUCUCCUUCUCCGUUAAAAAUUAGAGCUCAAAGAAAAUACAAAUUUGCCGCAUAUAAAUUAGUUUUUUCUUGAAGUAAAUAACUUAUUUUUGCAGAUCCCUGUCCAACAAAAAAAUUGCACAGCUUUUGCCUAGGACGUUCUCAAAUCUCUCUGAGCUACUGAAUCUGUAAGUUUCAAUGUUUGUACAUUUUUCUUGUUAAUGAUCAAGAACAAAUUCUCCACAGGAUUACUACGUAUACUUCUAUUAUACACAUCAUUUGUAUGCCCACGAAUACAGGUGAUCACACACUAGUAACAUAGUCUCAUACAUACGAGUUCUUACUUAACGGAUGACUUAACGCGGCUAGAAUUGAGAUAAUACAAGGAUACACACGUUGUAGCGGUACCACAGUUUUUUUAUGAAUAAUAUAACUAAUAAACUGGAAAAAAACGUCAUACACUAAACUUGCAGAAUUUGGCUGUUGGUUAGCUAUUAGCCUAGGGGUACAAGAGUCAAUUAAAUUUGAUUAAUUGCAUAAUUAUCGUUUUCGCUUAUGAUGAUCCGUUGAGUACUGUAUCAGAGGGACAACAAUUGGAAAAGGGAAAAUUCGCUAGGAAUUCCGUCUAUCCUUCUAUCAGUUUCGCAGUAUAUUACUUUGCUUUCUCCUUUUCGAAGUUAAGAAUAACUAAGCGGACAGGAAGAUGACUUACUACGAAAUAUGGCGUCUCUUUGGGCUUUAAUCGAUACUCAUGUCCCUCAGCUGUUAACCUCAUCCACAUUUUUUAAAUGUUUCGAGUAAAAACUUCGAGAAUGUAAAGUACACGUAAGAGAAAUUGAGGCGAGUCUGCAAAAGAAAAGCUGAAACUUGUCACUAGUCACGAUUAUAAUUGGCUGACAAAAAAGAGACGUGCGUUGUUACUAGUGUUAACAUGAAUGUCUAACUUAUUUUUUCAGGAAUCUUGGCAACAACGAAAUUGUCCAGGUUUUACCUGAGGCAUUUUGGAAACUACCUAAAUUAAAGCUGCUGUAAGUUUGAAUUUUUGUAUUUUUUUCCUUGCUAAUGACCAGGACUAAAACACUACACGAGCACUUGGUAUAACGAGUAUAGUAUGUUAGCGGAUAAUUUCAAAAUUACUUGACCUCGAUAGGUCGACACCUGAGGCCGCGAUACGGUCAGGUGAUACUGGUCAGCGGAUACUCUGUUUUGACAGCUGUCAAUUGAUCAAAACAUGGAUGUGCAAAAUCAGUUUGUACCUGGGCUCUCAAACUAGUUAGAAAGUGUGAGAUUAAACAUCGGUUUCCCUGUGGUGCGGACGGACGGUCGUUCGGGCGGUCGGCGCACGGUCACGCCAUUACCAAAUUUUCUGGGAUCGGUAGAUUGGCUUAGAUAUGGGGCUCCGCCAACGCGCGCGCGUGGAGCUCCGCUUAAUAGCGGGGCUCCCGCGCGCGCGAAGCGCGCGUGGGACAGAGCCCCAUACCCAUGGAAUAUGGUCAACCUCUUUUCGUUUGGUUGUCACGUGAUUGACCGAGCGUACGUACGUACGUACGCGUCUACAGAUUGUAUGGGUGGGGUAGGGGAGACUAUCAAAAGGAAGGGAGGGGUGUCUCAGGCGUGUCUUGGCAAGUCCACAUCUUUAAUAUAGGACAUUAACAAUAUGGUCAAUUGACAGUUGUCCAAACAGGAUAGCCACUGACCAGUAUCCCAUGACCAUAUCGCGGGCUCAUGUGUCAACUCAUCCAGGUGACGUGAUUUAUUUGGAAGCUGUCCGCUGACCAGUUAACUGUUUUACUAGAUCGCGAACAACGUUCAAUCUCAUACUUUUACUAGUUUGGGAGCACAGGAAAACUGAUAAUGCACACAUAUUGGACAUCAAUGUUUUGAUCAAUUGACAGCUGUCAAAACAGAGUACCCGCUGACCAGUAUCACUUGACCGUAUCGCGGGCUCAGGUGUCGACCCGUCGAGGUCAAGUAUUUUUUGACGUUAUCCGCUGACAAGUAAACUAGUUUUCAAGUGAUCGCAGGCUCAAGUUCAAUUUUUUUUCUUAAUUCAUAUGAAAUAUGUUGUGUUUAUGUGCUGCACAAUUAAAAUUUUGAUUGCAAACUGACCUCGGACGUGAAAAUUCAGCCAGCUGUUACAGGCAGGGAAGACAGUUGCUUUUGUUUUUUCUCACAAUGGUCACGCGUUGGUCACGCUCUACGUCCAAUUUUUAUGCUCUGAUUGGUCAAAAUUUGACAGGUGAGUUCAUGCGCAAAAUUUAUGCAGCAUCUUGAAUCUUGUUUACUUUAACAGCUGAAGCUGACAGAGUUUUGUGUCAACUUGUGAUGUUUUUAACUGUGUUUUUCCACUGGAUGUACAAAAUGAAAUUCAGCUGCUAUCAGGAGUCUUCUGUUACUCAUGGCUAGUUUGUUUAUUGGGUUUUUGGUUGAGAAAACGUCGCUUGUCAAAGUCGGAAAUCCGAUUUCGGAUGGCAUCGUUUUCGUUUUCACCUUGCUUGAUGCGUAAGAGGAUUGCAAAGUCUGAAGCGAUACUGGCCUUACCUGAUAACUUUCAGGAGCUGCAUCUCGAAUGGUAAGCCAGAGAAAUUAUUGUAUUUCAUGUUUGUUUUUUGUAUCUACUUUAAUGAAGUGGGGCGUAGUUUAUGCGGGAAUUUAGUUUAUGUGCGUUUGUAAGAUUUGAGACAACGAUCUCACCGAGUAUCUGGUUUGAUAUAAUCUUACAGAACUUUAAAAAACCUUUAGACAGUUUCUCACUGCAAAUAGAAAGAAAAUGUUCCAAAGAAUCUUUAGUUAUAAUUCUAGCCGGAAAAGAAAGCUUUGAGCGAUUUUCUUGCCUCGAGUUCGUCUUUGAAAAAACAAACACCGGGAAGCUGGCUUAAAACAUAAACUUCAGCAAACUUAAGCUUGAAGCUUGAAGAUUCAGGAUAUUUAGGGACACUUUGAUACUUGUCUUCCUGAAUGAAAAUUGUUGUCUCUGUUUAUGUUUCACCGAAUUAUAUUUCUUUUAUUGAUUGUUAGUAGUCUCUCUUGCAAUUUUAAUCGCUAUGCCGAUUGUUUUCAGUCGUUCAGUGAACAUCGCUUGCAGGAGUUCUCAAAAUGCCGCGCGUUAAACCAUCAAAUAAAAAAUAAACAUGAUAAAUUCUUUAUUAUCUUGGAGCGUAACUCUGUUAAUGUUCAUUCAAACACUCGCUACAGCUCGCACUACAAAAGUGAGAACCGGAUGGCCGUGUAGGUGAUUUUGGAAAAUUUUUUUAACAGUUUAUGAAUAUUGAAUGAGAGCAAUUUGUAUUGUGAAAUACUGCUUUCUGUCCAUGGUAUAAAAGGUUGGUUUACACGCACCCAGAUUUGUUGGCAAGAUUUUGCAAAGUAAACUUGUCGAACGCCAAAACGUUGCCCUGGUUUUUUUUCUAAGCCUAAUUGAUCUACGGUGAUCAAUAGCCAUUACGGCUCUUAAAUGUGAUAAAAGAUGAUUACCAGUUUUUGAGUGUACAUAUGAGGCUAUCAACUCGAUGUAAGAUUUGGUUCACUCUUGGGCUGUUUGCAAAUUAUUUUUCUCUAAAAUCAGGUAGCCUUUCCCUCAAAAGUCACAUAAAAUGCGCUCUAAAGUUAACUGAAUUGUGGAAUUCGAAUACAAGUUUAUUGUUUAAUUUAAAUUAUAAAUUUACUAAUGGGAGCCUCGCUUUUAGCCCUGGCUAAAUCUAUAUAUUAGUCUUACAAAUAAGACUAUUAACUUGAUGUAAAAUUUGUUUCACUCUUGGACUGUCAAAUUAUUUUUCUCUAAAAUCACUUAGCCUUUGCCUCAAAAGUCAUAUGAAUGUGCUCUGAUCUGUGGAUUACAAGUUUAUUGUUUGAUUUAAGUUAUGAAUUUAUUAAAGGGAGCUUCGCUUUUAGCCCUGGCUAAAUCUAUAUAUUAUUCUGAAAGUACAGAAUUUAGGUUUUGGUUAGUUGUUAUUGUUUUCUCGUAUGGUCCAUCCGUUGAGUGUCUAAGGGGCAACAAUUGCAAACUAGGGAAACAUUUUUUUGGAAUUACUUUUAUCUCUCUAUCAGCUGCCUGAUUGUAUUGCACAAUGCUUUCUUCGUUGCGAAGUUAACAGAGACUUUUUUUAUGAUACAUAAAUAUAUACAUGCAUACACUUUAUUGAGCAUCCCUAAAGAGGGCUUUUCUGUAUCAAUACAAAAAAAAUUAAAUUAAUUAAUUAUUUAACUAUGUACAACAAUAACUAAAUGGUAACUAUGUACAAAAAUCAUCAUCUAACCCAGUUCAUGUUACAAAUCAGUUCAUUAAUUAGACGUCUCCUUAAAACUUUAGUAUUUAUGAAUUCCCGUAGAUCUUUACUUAAAUUAUGCAAUAUUUCUACAUCACGGUAAUAAAAAGCGCGUUGGCCAGCAUUGAUUCUGCAAGAUGGAAUAUAUCUAUAUCUUGUCUGUCUAUCAUGGAUAAUAGCUCGAAUUGAAAAUUGAUCUCACAAGUAGCUAGGUGACAGACCGUUAAGACAUUUAUGCAUCAUCAAACUGCAUCAUCGACCAUAAAUCUUUGUUUGACAUCUAGCCUUCAAAGUGAUCUUAGACCUGCAGAGAUAUGGUCAUAUUUGUGGAGUCCCAAGACAAUCCUUGCUGUAAAAUUUUGAAUAAACUGAAACGUAUGAAUAUUAGUUGCCGAGGUAUUGCUCCAAACUGAGCAGCAAUAAAACAACCUGCUCAAUCAAAGCUAUUAAUGAUUAACAGAAGCUUUUCCUUAUCAAGAAUAUGCUAAAUUCUAUUAAUCUGGAUCGGUUUGUUCAUACAACUAGCAACAGUUUUACGUAUGUGUUCAUCAAAAGAGAGGCACUGAUCUAAAAACACUCCGAGAUUCUUGAGAAUAGAGACUAAAACUCUUCGCGCAAGCAAACGCCGGACGUUGCACUGGCAGGUUUGCUUUCUUGCGAUUGCUUUUCAACCGGUGGUCUGAAAUUCUUGAUAAGCCGGAAAGUCUGGUAUUCUCUGGAGAUGCGCAAGUUGAUGUAUCUCCCUCUCCAUCACAGAAUAUGAGUUCGAAACCCAGUAAACUGAAUUCCUUCUGGCGAUAAUCUGUUCUUUGGAUCUAUUGAUGUUAUUUUACUGAAUAUUCCGUCUCUUAACUCUUAACGUCUCUUAACGUCUCUUAAAUUAGGCUAGCUCGUUUUGAAGUAUUUGCCGGGGGAUUUGAGCUAAUCAAGAACGGAAAAAAAAUUAAUGAAUAAUAACGCGGUUUAGUAUAUACUAAAACAGUGGAUAGUGUUUUUCGCGCGCUCUGAUUGGCUACUCAAUCAGUGAAUAUCCUGCACUAUUCACUGAUUCACCUCCAGUUCCUCCGAGCUAGCGACGCCAAACUCGCGUAGGUUGCGAGAAAAAUGCUUUCCCGGUUUGCUGCCGUAACAAACUAAGAAAUUUCACAACUAAUCGAGCAAGCUAUUUCCGAAAUACAUGAAGAAGGUGACGAAGUUCGGUUUGGAAGUUUUAACAGGUAAAGCUUUGUCUUUUGACUUGAAUAGUUAUCGAUAAAACCGGUGAAAAAGUUCUUUGUUUACAAAUGCAAAUUAAACUUAAGUCUUGCGUUACUUUAUUUAGUUGACUUGUUCAUAAAUAAUCUUAAAACUAAACUUAAUAAUCUUUUUUACAGAAUUAUUUUAAAUACAAACCGCAUUCACAACUCCUUUUGAAGAAACUUCCCUGCAAGAGCUAAACAAACGCCUUUAAAAGUUUUAUUUGUCGCUAAGAAAAAGCGACGACCGCGGCCGCUCGGUCAUCGCGUUUCCAAAAUUGUAAUCGUUGGCAACAGUAAAUGAAUUAAAAAUCAUCAUUUUGUGCUCAAUUAUCUCGCUGUUUUAGUAUAUACUAAAACAAUUAUUCACCUCAGUGUCGGUGGCUAGUAGUGGGUAUUUACCUCGCCGCUUCGAGGCCUCGGUAAAUAUUCAAUACUAGCCACCUCCACUUCGGUGAAUAAUUGUUAUAUAUUGUCCAUUGCUUCCCUUCUAGGGCGAUUCACGUCAUACUUUUAGAAUAGCGCACGAGCACAUAUGCCCAUCUAUUCCCCUCACCUCGACAAACAACCUUGGAUGCGUGUGUCUCGAAAUGUUGCAGACAAUUUUCACCACGUAUGAGAAGCGGGGGAGGGAGAAUUGCGAGCACUGCCGUGCAACGGGUCUCAAAAUCAACCCACGCAAUGUUACAGUUCUAUCCGGCGAAAAUAACAUCAUCAAGCGUCACGUCAAGACGGUCCGGUUACUAUCAAAAAAAGUAAGCUUUCUGUAAGUAGCGACGAGCCUGGAAUAGACCUUCCGGUCAUUUCCAGUCCUAUUUUGGGAACACGUAACUGUGUUCAGCCACCUCAACUACGUACCUGACUGCAUUUGCUAUGCUGCGUAAAGGAUGUUCCUCUGAAAUCGAUAGCCUUUGCUCAUGUCUUCUUCUCCGAAAUUAGAAAUUAGAUCUCAAAGAGAAUACAAAUUUACAGCAUAUGAGUUAUUGUUGUUAUGAAGUUAAUAACUUAUUUUUGCAGAUCCCUCUCCAACAACAAAAUUGCACAGCUUUUCCCUGGGGUGUUCUCAAAUCUCCCUGAGCUUAUGAACCUGUAA